AUGAGUUGCUACAUUUUACCACGAAAAUUGUUGUCAUCUUGUGUUUUUAAUAAUUGUAGUUAUGUUCAUCGAGGGAAAACUUGUUGCUCUACCUUGACCUCGUAUUUGAAGCAUUUUAUUUCCACAAGCCCAGAGAGAUCAUUGAAAUUUGGACGCAAAAUGGCAACUUUGGAAACUCUUCACAUGGACAACUUAGCGCUGAGGUCGUUGCCAAUUGACCAGGAGCUGAAAAAUUACGUAAGGCAGGUUUCAGGAGCAUGUUUCUCUCGUGUUGAGCCAACUCCGGUGGAAAAUCCCUCAACGGUGGCUUUUUCUAGCAGUGCAAUGUCUCUGUUGGAUUUAUCAGAAGAUGAGUUACAGCGAGAUGACUUCGCAGAAUUUUUCAGUGGAAAUAAGAUAUUACCUGGCGCGGAACCAUCAGCUCAUUGCUAUUGCGGUCAUCAGUUCGGAUAUUUUUCUGGUCAGCUAGGGGAUGGGGCGACUAUGUAAGUUGAGAUAUUAAUCAGAAUAACAUGACCUCAAAAACACCGCCUGUCGGAUGAUGUAAUCAAGUUUUUUUUAAGGGUAUGAGGCAGGGGGUUGGCGGUUAUGGGCUUACAUUGUUAGAUUUAGAUGAUCUGUUAGAUGAGGGUUGGUAACACUCUAUAAUUAUGUACUCUAUGCCUGUUGAAUUUCAAGCUUAUAGAGAAAUUUAGCAAUUCUUUCACAUUCCUGAAAGUUGAAGACAUAAAAGAGUUUAUAGAGGGUUUGUGCAGGUCCUUGAAAACUUGGAAAGUCCUGGAAUCUUAUUUUGACAUUUUCCAGGACCAGAAAGUCCUGGAAAUAGACUAGAGGUCCUGGAAAAUCUGAGUCCUGGAAAAGCUUUUGAAAUAAAUGUUUCUGAAAAAGGGUAUGAACCCUGUUCAUAGAGGCCAUGACUAAAAUUGAACACUGAGGGAACAGCAUCUAUAACAUUAACAAGGCUUACAAUUACCAAAUACAAGUUAUACCAAGAUAAACAAAUAACAACAUACAAAUCACCAUAUUACAUAUAUGAACUUGUAUUAUUCAGUCCCCCUAACUAUUUAUUAAUAGCUAAGAUCAGCAAAAUAUCUUAAUCAAUUAUUUGUGAUUCUUAAUAGUGAGACACACUUUAUCUGUUAUGUAAUUUUCUAUCAAGUGUAGAGUGUAAUCUGGGAUUGUAUUGGUUUUCCUUUAUUAUACUUUGUAAUUGAUUUAUUAAAUGUUCACAAUUUCUGUAAACAUUCCAAUGCAAACUCAAAGAAAGGCAGGUAUGUGUACUUGCCAAUAAUUCACACUGACAGGGCCCAAAUCAUCAAGCCUUUCCUUAAAUUUUAACUGCCUAUACAAGUUGCCCUUGACAUGUCCAAAGGACAAGUCAAAGUUAUUUACAAUGUGUCUUGUGUGGCAUGGUUAAUCUUUGUCUCUGCGAGAGAUUUGGUACCAUAGUGUAGCUACAAAUUUGUGGGACUGAUCAUGGGGACAGAAAUUCAGCCAGAGUGAUGUAUGAGAGAUUUUCACCAAAAUUUGCAGUUUUACAUGAGAUUAAUUGUUUUGUUGACUUAUUCCUGCGAUGUUUUUCAUUCCUAGUUGUUUCGUCUGUAUAUCCUUUAGUCCGUCUGUUUGUUUAUUAACUAUGUAAUCCAUUCUUUAAUGUUUGGUCUUUGCUUUAUUUUAUUAUUUCUGUAUUUCAGGUAUCUUGGUGAGGUGGUGAAUGGGAGAGGAGAAAGGUGGGAGAUGCAGUUCAAGGGUGCUGGUCUCACGCCAUAUUCCAGACAGGCAGAUGGUAGAAAAGUGCUGCGAUCCAGCAUACGAGAAUUUCUUUGUAGUGAGGUGAUGACAUAUAAAUAAUGAAAAUUUUACAACUUUAAUUUAUUAUUACGUGAUGAUAUACAUGUAUUGCCACUCAAAGAAUAGUUUUUGUAAUUAUUAGAGUUUUCUUGCUGCUUGUCAUGCAAGAACAGACCUGAUUUUUGAGAAAAUGUAAAAACAUUAUUACUGUGUAGUAAUAAUGAACAAUACUAUUAUUACUAACAAAUAAUUGUGAAAUGUCUUGAACAAUUCUUUCAUUAUUGAAUAUAGCUGGAAACAUACAUUACUGUUGUCAGUAGCAUAAGCCCUCUAAAAAAAAAACAAAUGUUUAAAAAGGGUAUUACCACAAAAUUUUUAUUAGUCUUAAUGUGAUGUAGUAAAAAUUGUUUUAAUCAAGUCAGUAUUGAAAUGUUCUUUUGUAUUUAUGUAGGCAAUGUACUUUUUAGGAAUUCCAACCACAAGAGGUAAUGUGAGAGUCUUUUAACCGUUUUUGUGAUCCUUUUUUUUCUUGAUAAUUUCAUUAUGAAGCUUAAAAGGGAGAGGGGUAAAUCAUUUCAGGUUAAGUUUUUGUUUAUCUAAUUUAUGGAACUGAUAUCUAUUUACUUGCAGCUGGUAGCUGUGUGACUUCCGAUACAAGGAUAAUCAGAGACAUAUUUUAUGAUGGAAACCCUAUCAGAGAAAGAUGUACCAUUAUUCUAAGGAUUGCCCCAACAUUUAUCAGGUAAUGUUAAAUAAGUGUGUUUGUGCAGAGUUCAAACUGUCUUGGUUUUUUAAAAUACUUAUCAAGUUGUUAAAGAUGUUUGUCACCUGGGUUACAUGCUUAUCUUAUUUUAAUUUCAUUUGAUUGGAAGGUUUGGCUCGUUUGAGAUAUUUAAACCAACAGACCCAAUGACUGGACGUAAAGGCCCAAGUGAGGGACGUACAGAUAUUCUUACUCAGCUUCUUGAUUAUACAGUUCAAACAUUUUUCCCACAGGUAUAGUCACUUGAUUAUCUUGGGUGAUUAACAUGUAACUUCUCCCUACAGUAUUCAUACAUUAUCCAGCAAACAUGUAAUAAGAAUACUCAAACUUUUUAGGUGGAACUUGUCAUCUUGACCUUCAACAAUUUCUUGAAAUUAAUUUUCAAGGAAAUGUGUAGCAGAUAGAGAGGAGAGUUGAUUAUUAGAUCGUGAGAGUUUAAGGGUUUAUCUUAAUAGGUUGUUAGAAGUUUGAACAAAUUUGUUAUUUAAUCUUGUGGAGUGAUGUUGGUGAGUGAUAUUAACUGUUGGAUACCACUCACCACCUAGGGUGAGCUUAGCAGAGACUUUAUGCUAAGUUUGUCACACUUUUUUUUCCAUAGGUGGUCACAGAUGACACAGAGGAGACAUACUUUGCUUUCUUCACAGAAGUUGUUAGGCUUACUGCGAGGCUUGUGGCUCUGUGGCAGUGUGUAGGAUUUUGUCAUGGGUAAGGGUGAUUUUUUGUCAACGCCAAGUCUUAAAGUUUACUUUUCAUGUUUAUCUUCUAUCUACCUGAAAAGAAUCUCAUCAUUUUCUUCCCAGGGUGCUUAACACAGAUAACAUGAGUAUUCUUGGUUUGACAAUUGAUUAUGGUCCAUUCGGAUUUAUGGAUCAUUAUGAUCCUAAGCAUGUCUGCAAUGCAUCAGGUAUUACUUUGUAUUUGUAUUCACAUAAGUAAAAAAAAAUAAAAAAAAAAAGAUGUACAUGUGCUGCAUAGAAUUAUUUUCUUACACCUCACUCCCAUAGUUCCAUGCAGCCCACUAACAUCAAUUUUUCUCAUGGAUUUUUGUUUUUACUCGUGCUUCAGACUCUCCUGAAAAGGAAGGACUGCUUGUAGUCGAGGAGAAUAGAAAGCUUAUCAUUCAGGAUUUUUUAAAAUUUCUUAUGAUAGAUGACCAAGGCAGGUAUUGCUAUGAGGCUCAACCUGAGAUCUGCAAGUGGAAUUUGUUCAAGUUAGGAGAGGCUAUUAAAGACGCACUUCCUUUGGAAAGGUCAAAGGCUGCUGUGGAAGAGAUGUAAGUAUUGAACAUACAUAUAAGAGACAGUCAAAUGUUUAUUUUGCUUCAUUGUAUCAUUUAGAAUUUUUUCCAUUUCAUGUGAAUUUAACUCUCACACUUAUAUUGUUAAUGAAUCAUUUUCCAGCUAUGAUGUGGAGUACAAGCAAACCUAUAUGAAUAAAAUGAGACUAAAGGUAGGUUCAUAUCUAUUUCUUCAUACUCUUCUCCAUAUGUUUCUUUUGGUUCUGAAAAGAAGAAUCCAUUUGAUGAUCAAAGCUUCUGAUGUUGGUGAUCAUAUCCUUUAUUCUCAUGAUCUUAAUGAAUGGUUUAGCAGUAUUACUGUAAGGAGAAAUUAGAUGCUGAUCACUCUUAGCAUUUAAAGGGUUUAUGUAUUUUUAAGUGACGAGAACAAGAAUGGAAAAUGUGGACUGAACAUCCCAGGUAGCAUGUUUGAAACCAAUUCACCUGUUAAUUUUUUUUUAGCUUGGCUUAUUGAAAAGAGAGCUACCAGAGGAUGAGUAAGUACUUGUUAUUAAUUAAAUUUCUUUUGAUUUAUUUAUGUCUACUACUGAUGGUAAGAAAUAUUCACAUUGCACUUCCACUGCAUAAUUUUCUUAACAUUAAAUUAUGUUUGUGUAGCUCUGAGUUUAACAUAAAUGUAAUAUUGUCAAAUGGUAAUUCAUCUUUAUUGAUUGAGCUUGAGAAGAAUUAUCAUACUUCUUGCUGAUAGCUCACAACAGGUGAUUCCUAGUCAAGAGUAACAUACUGUAUGUUAUUUCAUUUAAUGAGGUAAAUGUAUGCUUCUUCUUGAAAACUGGCCAUUUUUAGGAAUGAUUGCAUCGUUUUCAAAUCUUAUUGCAGUGGAUGGUUAAGAUAUGAUGUAAUGCUUGAAUAAUCAGAUUUCAGACAUCUUGAUGAUCACCAAGUAUAAAUAGUGUCAGUUACUGCCAGUAACCAUGCAUACUUUUUACUUAAGUUGAUAUCUCAAAUUGCUUCACAGGGAUCUGGUGAAAAGUCUUUUGGAAACUAUGCACAAGACAGGUCACAAAACAUUUUAUUUUUCGGUUAAUUAACAUAGAGAGAAUUAAUUUGUUUUAGAAGGUUUCUGGGAAACAAAACUUGAAAUUGUUUCAAUAUUUAUUUUUUCUCUCUCCAGGUGCUGAUUUUACCAAUUGUUUUAGAUGCCUCCACAGAAUCUCAUUGCUAAGUAGUACUGAAGGCGAUGACAGGUAGGUUCUCACUGUCUCCAAGUAGUUAGGGACAUGGAUGCUAUUUGUGAUUGUAUACCUUGUAGCUCCUGUAACUCAUGAUAUUAGGUUUUUUUUCCUUUUACCUUGCAGCCAAUCCAUGCUAGCUUGGAUUGUCCAUCUGAAAUUUAAUGUUCCUUAUCAAUUCUUUUUACUUAGUGAUGAAAAUGUUCUGGAGUACCUAUUGUCCCAGUGUCAAACAGUAGAUGACUUGAAAAAAACUUCAAAGCCAUUCCUUGGAGCAAGGUAUGUUUAGGUACUUUUAUCACAUUAAGUAAUCCUUUUUGUUUCUUAAAAAAAAAGCCAUUGCUUAUGGGAUUGUUUUCACUCAAAUUUGAGCUGUAAGGGUUGUUACUGAUUUGAGAUUUUUCAGCUCUCUAGAACUUUUUAUACUUUUUCCUGAACACAUUUCCUUCUGAAUGGAGAUUUUUUAUAAUAGUUCAUUUCUUAAGCCAUGUUACAGAUUAUGCUUGCUGUUGCUGCAGAGGGAGCUUUUGGAAACUAAUUGUUUUAUAAAUUAGGGAAUUUCAGAUGCUGAUGAUGCUUCUUCAGACUAAUCCCAGUCUCCUGCAGCAAUUAGGAAAUGGAGCAUCUUUGAUUCAAAAGGAGCUGGAGAGGAGAGAGAGGGUUCAGCAGAUGAAUGUAAGAUGCCCCACUCACCCCUGGCCAGUAUUUUAAUUUCUUUGAGUCAAAAUUUUAUUUAUUUUAUUAAUUAGUUAUAAUUUAAUUUGCUUAAAACUGAUAACUUAUUUUUUUUGCUUAUUUGUUAUUUUAGGAGUUAAAACCUGAUGAAAAGAGAGGCAAAGACAGGGAACUGUGGAAAGAUUGGAUUGAACAAUACAGGUACAGAGUAAAUUAUUAUUUUUUAAGUUUAGCAUAAGGAUCAAAUAUGAAUUAACAAAUUAGAGUAGAGUUUGGAGUGAAAUUAUUACUGACAGAUACAAUGUUAGGAAAUUGGAAUGGUAACUGACACUCAGUAAAAAUGUCUUUGAGACAAGACUGAGGGAUUGGAUUACUUCUACAAGGGCAUUAUGAAGCUAGAACUUACAGUUAAGACAAAUUCUGAAGUUGAAUGGCUAUGAUCAUAAUAUCAAAUAAAGCUACAAGCACAUAUGUUCCUGGAUGGCACCUCACCCCAUCUCUCUUCAUCCUACCCUGAUUCCAUUCCACCCUGCUCCCUCCCUAUCCACCCUAUCCCCCUUCUAACAGUUUGAUAGUGUUCUGUGACAACCCACUGGUGCCUAUUUAUCCUACUGAGUGAGUGGAACUAGAGAUGCAUGAUAAAAGUCAAGUGUAUUUUUUUAGAACACAACAUAUUCAAUGUAAUUAGGACCCUGGCCAAGGCACAAAUCCAUGCAUUUUUGUCAGGGACAGAGUGUGCUUUAGUUAACACUAGUCCAUUACCCUCUGAAUUUUGGAAAAUUGAAUGUUUAACAAGUGCAUGUACUUGCUGAUGCAAGGAGAAGAGUUAAUGUAAUAAUUACAAUUAACUAAAAAGUAAUUACCUUUUGCUAAUCAUAAUUGUGGUUGUUUUCUUUUAUUUUCAGGUUGCGUCUUAAUGCAGAUUUUGAAAAUGAACCAGAUCAUGAGAAAGUAUGAAACAUUUAAGUUGUAAAUAAUCAUAAGUGAUUGAAGAAAUUGAGAUAAUUUUUUGCCUUUGAGGUUCAUGCAAAAUGUAUUGUGCUUUUAUUUCAUCUAACUUGUAAAAUUGAUAGCUAUAAUUAUUUUUUUCACACUAUCAUGAUUAUCAUUUUGAUUUGAUGCACAAUUUUGUUGAAAGUUUAAAGCUCCACAAGUUAUCAAAUUAUCCUUUGAUUCUUGUAAUUUUUUAAAAAUUUUUUAUUUAUUCAUUUAUUUUCUUAAUAGGCAAACAAGGAGAGAAUUGAAACAAUGAAAUCUAAUAAUCCUAGGUAAACCUGGACUUUCUUUUAUUACCAGAGGGAUAUCAAAUGAGUCAUUCAGCUGUGUUUUAGGACCUGCAGGGAAAAAAGAGUUAUUCAUUUCUCACAAGUUAACAAUAUGAAACAAGGAUUGUUUCCCUACUGUUAGUGGCUUCUACCUUGAGGUGUAUGUAUUUUCCAACCUUAAAUCAUUUUGUUGUAUAUGAGAGUCUCCUUCUCCACAUACCUUGCUUCCUUGUCUCCUGUACCUUUAACUCCCAUCUCCUGAUCUCCUGCUCUUUAUGGCUUGUAUCAUCCACAAAUGAAGGCAUUUUUUCCCACUCUCCAUGGCAAUGUGUUUGCCCAUUUCUCUUCUCCCCCCUCCCCCUGCCAUACCCUUUCCUGCCCUCGUUUAACUUGGCUCCUACUUCCUGUUUCCAUUACAAUGAUUUCUUUACAUGCCAGCUCUCUUAUAAUUCAUAUUUUUUCUUGCAGAUUUAUCCUCAGGAAUUAUAUUGCUCAAAAUGCCAUUUCUGCAGCAGAGAAGGGAGACUUUACAGAGGUAAAUUAAAGCUGCUGUUAUCAGAAUGAAAAAUACUUAGCUGAGACCUAGCUGAGAAAUUUAAAACGAUACAAUUGUAAUUAAGGUAGUUUAGCCCACUCCAACUUGAAGGAGAACAGAUUUUUAGAGCAAUAAAGCACAGUGGAAAUAUACUUUUUUUAAAGAUAGAGGAAUAAAUUAUCAUGAUGAUUACAAUUAAACCAUUCUCAUUUUCUGAAAAUGUUGAAAUCUUUAGCAGUAUAAAGGAUAUUAAGUGGCCCAACCACUGUAAGUUACAUGUAGCUCCAUGGUAGAGCAUCUUAACCCAUUCAACCCUAAGAGUGAUUAGCAUCCAAUUUCUCCUUACAAUGUCACCCCUUAAUCUAACAUGGAGUUUGCAAGAAUAAAGGAAAUGAUCACCAACUAAAGAACCUCAUGAUUGUUAAACUAGGUCUCCUUGUAAGCAGGUUAAGAGAUGCAUAGAGAGCAAUAUGGAGAAUAUGCAGUGAUUUUAGGGUGAAAAGGGUUAAUUGGUCAAUGGUUGAGUUGAAAACAUCUUUUAUUAACAUUGUCAUCACCAUUUAAUUUACUGCCAGGUUCGAAGAGUUCUAAAGCUUCUUGAAAACCCUUACAGUGACGACACUGACACUGAACUAACUCAACAGCCAAAUAGAGAGAGUGACUUCCAAGAGGCAUCAGAAGCAAGCUGCAGUGCUGAGGAAUAUUUUAGUUAUGACAGUAAACCACCAGGUUGGGCUACUGAUUUAAGGGUGACCUGAUCAUCAUAAACGCCUCACUACAUGAAUGAGCCAGGAACUAAAAGCAACACUCAUUUCCUUGUGAGUAGGCAAGUUACUCCACUUUCAGGUAGUUCCCUUUUUGGGGAUGUCUAUGUGUGAGAACUUCAACUUGACCUACAUACAGGGUUUGUUAGAUCUGACCUUGCCAUGAUAGUGUUAGCUUAUGAAUAUAAGCCACAAUCUGCUACAAAUAUUUAACACAAUUUUGGCAACAGCGGUGAAACUUCAUAAAUGUGGAAAAUAAUGUGAAUGAAGUGUUGUGUUCUGCUCAUUUGUAGAGGAGGCAUUCAGUGACUUUUUUUACAUGGCAUCAAACCCCAGGCUUAAAUGUCAAAAUGCAUUUAGCUUAUGACAGUACAAUUUAAAACCAGACGGAAGAUUGUACUUGAAGUGUGCCAGGAGAUUGAUGUUACUACUAAGAACAAAACCACUUUGUAAUUUGUUCAUAGACAAUAGAUUUUUAAACAAUUUGUUGGUAGAAAUGUUGUUAUUGGCAAGGGAAAGGUACAUGUAAAUACCAUUCAAAAUAAAUUAUCAAUAUUAUUAAACAAUUAUCAAUAUUAUUAUACAAUUAUCAAUUGUCCCCUUUUUCUUCUUCACCUUGACAUUUUCAACCAUUCAUUAAAGGAUAUUAUUUUCUUCGGGUUCAACAGUUUUCAGCAUAACAUAUCUGACAGGUUUCAUUUAUUACUUAAAUUAAGUCAUUGAUUUUGUUUUGGUGGUCAGUCUGACCAAUGCAUUGAUCAAUUUGAAGCUUUGACAUCUCUUCUUUUCCCCCCCCCCCCACACAGUAAAAUGCCCAUGGGCUGCCAGGAGGGGGGGAUUGUUUCUUAAAGGAAAAUAAGCGACUGCUUCAAUUAAGACAAUGGUUCAUGCAAGGGUUUGUUGAUAGGUUUCAGUGGGGGAAUUUUGUUAACAACAUGCAGAGAAAAAUAAAUGAAAUUACUCAGUACUUCC